AUGUUAUUAGGAUAAUUCAAUUAAACAUUAAAUGAUUCAUCCAAACAGAGUAUGGCAUAAUCAUAAAGACUUCAACCAUUAGAAACUAGUCGUAAUUCCAAUACUCCUCCACUUGAUUUUAAUAGAUUAUCACCUGAAUAAUAAUUUCUAAUCAAAACAUGGUCUCAAAAAUAACAAGAAGAAUUGUUAGGAUUAUCAGUUAAUACAUUACCUAUUCAUUAAUCUUAAUCAUUCUUUACUAAUAUUCAAUAACCUUAAUAAAAUCAAUUCUUACUCUAAUAAUAAUAACUUAUAGACAAUUACAAUUAAUAAUUUUAAACUAUUGUACCUGAAUAACAAUAAUAACCAGAUCUUCAAUAAGAUUACUAAGCACAAUAAAUAUAAUAAUAAUUAUAGGAAUAACAAUAAUUAUUGCUUCAAUAAUAAUAACAAUAGUUAUUACAAUAACAGCAACAAUUAAAAACAUAAUAUGAAUCAAAUUAUUUGAAAAUGAAAUAUGAUGAAACAUGCAAUUAAAUCUUAAAGACUAUGCCGUCUCAUUAAUCCUUAAAUGAAACAUAAAUGCCUUUAUUGUAUAAAUAUUUUGAUGUUGAUCCAGAAUUGUAAAAUGAUCCAUUAAAUCUCCAACAUUAUAUUUUAACUCAUAAAUUGAAUCCCUCUUAUAAAUUAAGUCUACGUGUAUUUAUAUUUGAUAAAUAUUCUAUAUAUGAAUAAUAGGAAAAACAAUUGCAGUUGUAAAAAUAACAAUUAACACAUACUAAUUUAAUAAAUAUUCAUUUAAUACAUACUAAAAAAUAUGUUUGUUUAUGUUUUGCUACAUUUCGAGUGUGUGCCUUAUUAGAUUACAUACAUUCAGAUUGCGAAAAUACAAUAAAACAUAAACAUUAUUAAGAACAUGAAAUUUGGUUAAUUUUAUAAAAUAUGGUUGAAGCAUUAUAUUCUUUACACUUGAAAGGAAUUGUUCAUGGUAAUGUAACACUAGAUCACAUCGUUUUAACUCAUUUGAUAGACAAUUCACAAUUAUAUAAAUUGAUUUAUAGAAAUUAAGAGCCUAAUGUGCUUUAAAAGAAAUUUUAAAAUUAGUAAAAUAAAAUUUUGUUAAGUUAUGAAUUAUACAAUUCAUUCUUGUUGAAUGAUCAAUCUACUAUGCCUACCUGGAAAUCUGAUGUAUUCUAAUUAGGAUUGUGUAUAUUAUAAUUAUGCUUAGGUCCACAUAAAUAUGAAACUGUUUAUGAAAUAUAUCAAAAUGUAUUUGAUGAAUAUAGAUUAAAUUAAUUGAUUAAAGAGGUUGAUACUAAUUAUUCCUAUAAAUUGGUUCAAUAUUUGUAAUUUAUGUUGACAAUUAAUUUUGAAAUAAGACCUGAUUGGAUAAAAUUAGAAGCUAAGAUAAGUGAAUUACAACCAAUAUAACCAAUCAAUAUUAUUUAUAAUUUUGAAGUACAAUAGAGAAUAGAGACUAAAAUAACAAAAUCAAGAGCGAAUUCAAAAAAUGUUAGUUAUUCACAUGUUAAUUCAUUUAGAAUCUCUCCUAUUGGAGAACCUUAGACUAAACCAUAAAUUGAAGAUAUCAAAGAAAUUACUACCAAGAAUAAUGUGAUUGUAGAAAAUAGAAACAAAAGAAAAAUGAAUUGUUAAGAUGGUGGUAGUUAUUAUGGUGAAGUUUUAAAUGGAUUAAGAGAUGGUUUAGGAUAAUAUGUAUCAAAUGAAUAUUCUUAUGAUGGUUGUUGGAAAAAUGAUAAAUAUCAUGGAAAAGGAGUUUUAUAUUAAAAUGGAAAAUUGAUUUAUGAAGGUUCAUUUAAACAUGGAGAAUAUGAUGGUUAUGGUAAAGCAACAAAUUCAAAACCUAAGUAUUUUAAUAAUCAUUUUGAUUACAAAGAUUUUACUAAAAUGGAUUAACAAUGGACUCAUUAUAUGGGUGAUUUUAAAGAUGGAGAAUUUUCUGGAUUUGGUUAAUUAGAACUUAGUAAUGGAGAAAAGAUAACUUGUGUUUUUAUGAAUGGAUUACCAAAUGGAGUCGGAGUAUUUGAAACUUUAGAUAAAAGAAGAUUAAAUGCAUAAUGGGAUAUGGGAUUACUUGUUAGAAGAAUUUGA